GAAUUUCUCCUCAAAUUAAAACAAUGAAAUUACUUGUAGUGCUUUUCGCAAUUGUAGCCGUUGGUUGGGCUAUGCCACAAUUUGGUGGUGGACAAGGAGGAUUUGGUGGUGGACAAGGAGGAUUUGGUGGUGGACAAGGAGGAUUUGGUGGUGGACAAGGAGGAUUUGGGGGUGGACAAGGAGGAUUUGGUGGUGGACAAGGAGGAUUUGGUGGUGGACAAGGAGGCUUUGGCGGGAAUCAAGGAGGUGGUUUCGGUGGAAAUCAAGGAGGUGGUUUCGGUGGAAAUCAAGGAGGUGGUUUCGGUGGAAAUGGAGGCGGUUUCGGUGGAAAUCAAGGAUUCGGUGGUCCUGUGCUGUCCGCAAUUAUAGCCGUUAGUUGGGCUAUGCCACAAUUUGGUGGUGGACAAGGAGGAUUUGGUGGAUCCAAUGGCGGAGGCUUUGGCGGGAAUCAAGGAGGUGGUUUCGGUGGAAAUCAAGGAGGUGGUUUUGGUGGAAAUCAAGGAGGUGGUUUCGGUGGAAAUCAAGGAGGUGGUUUCGGUGGAAAUCAAGGAGGUGGUUUCGGUGGAAAUGGAGGCGGUUUCGGUGGAAAUCAAGGAUUCGGUGGUCCUGGUAAAUAA